AAUACACUUCCGCCAUCCUGAGCUAUGGCUGCUGCAACCCGCAAGAAAGCACUGAGAUUUUUCUCUCAGUUCGGAGCUUUUAUUCUGACCCGGUUCGGCUUCUGGAACUGCUUCGCCAUGUUGAUGCUGUUCGCGGAGCGCGCCGACGUCAAACGGAAGCCAGACAUCCAGGUGCCCUACCUGUACAUAGAUCUGGGAGCUGCAGUGCUGUGUGCCAGUUUCAUGUCGUUUGGUGUGAAGAGAAGAUGGUUCGCGCUGGCAGCUGCCAUUCAUCUGGCCCUCAGCACCUAUGUGUCCUAUGUGGGAGGGCAAGUCCAUUAUGGAGACUGGCUGAAGGUACGGAUGUACUCCCGAGCAAUGGCCAUCAUCGGAGGCUUUCUGAUUCUGUCCAGCGGAGCGGGAGAGGUUUACAGACAGAAACCCCGCACACGCUCACUGCAGUCCACCGGACAGGUCUUCCUGGGCAUUUACUUGAUAUGUAUGGUGUACUCGCUGCAGCACAGUAAGGAGGACCGGCUGGCCUAUCUGGACCACAUUCCCGGAGGAGAGCUGACUGUUCAGCUGCUGGUGCUGGUGUUCGGUGUGCUGGCGCUCGCAUACCUGUCUGGAUGUUACGUGCGCGUGGCUUCACAGAUCCUGGCUGUCCUCUUACCGCUGGUCAUCCUCUUCAUCGACGGUAACUUCGGUUAUUGGCACCGCAGCUGCCGUGUGGAGUUCUGGAACCAGAUGAAGCUCAUCGGGCAGAACGUGGGCAUCUUCGGAGCCGUGCUCAUUUUGGCCACCGACAGCUAAACAUGCGUGAAAGAUCUCCGUACAAGGACAAACGGUGAGCUCGUGCGUGUCUCAGGGGAUCAUUUUGAUGACGUUAAUGCUCUGAACAUUCAAAGGUGCAGAGGAUGCAAUUCUCAGCUCGCUUUUUGGAGUAUCAGAUCGCGAGCGUAAAGUCUUCUGAAGGCUGUUUACAUUACAUUUUGUUUGCUUUUUUUAUUAUGCGUUAUUUAAAAGAACGACUACAAGUCUUAAUAGUUAAAGUUGAAUGCUGAUUUAAAGGGGUAGUUCACGCACAAAUGGAAAGUUGCUCAUUAUUUAUUCACCCACAAGUCGUUUCCAUUCAUUUUGAGUUUAUUUUUUUCUGUUGAACAUAAAAGAAGAUAUUUUGAAGAAUGCUGAAAUCCUGUAACCAUUGACUUCUGUAGUAGGAAAAAGCAAAUGCUAUGGAAGUCAAUGGUUGCAACUUUUUUUAAAAUAUCUUUUCGCAUUUAACAGAUAAAAGAAACACGGGUUUGAAACAAGUAAAAGAUGACAAAACUGUAAUUUUUGCGUGAACUAUCCCUAUUAAGGGAACAACAAUGAGUGUUAAUAGGUAAAAUAAAGUUGAAUGCUGAUUUAAAGGGGUAGUUCACGCACAAAUGGAAAUUUGCUCAUUAUUUAUUCACCCACAAGUCGUUUCCAUUCAUUUUGAGUUUAUUUUUUUCUGUUGAACACAAAAGAAGAUAAUUUGAAGAAUGCUAAAAUCCUGUAACCAUUGACUUCUGUAGUAGGAAAACACUUGCCAUGGGAGUCAGUGGUUGCAGCUUUCUUCAAAAUAUCUUUUUUUGUUCAGCAGAUGAAAGAAACACAAGUUUGAAACAUGUAAAUGAUGACAGAAGUGUAAUUUUUGGGUGAACUAUCCCUAUUAAGGGGACGACGAUGAGUCUUACCAGUUAAAUUAAAGUUGAAUGCUUAAAGGUAUAGUUCACGGAAAAAUGGAAAUUUGCUUAUUAUUUAUUCACCCUCCAGUAAUUUCCAUUCAUUUUGAGUUUAUUUUGUUUUCUGUUGAACACAAAAGAAGAUGAUUUGAAGAAUGCUGAAAUCCUGUAACCAUUGACUUCUAUAGUAGAAAAAAACAAAUACUAUGGAAGUCAUUAGUUACAGGUUUUCAGCUUUCUUCAAAACAUCUUAUUUUCUGUUCAACAGAUGAAAGAAACACGGGUUUGAAACAAGUAAGUGAUGACAGAAUUGUUAUUUUUGGAUGAACUAUCCCUAUUAAGGAGACGACGGUGAGUCUUAAUAGUUGAAGUUGAAUGCUGAUUUAAAGGGGUAGUUCACACACAAAUGGAAAUUUGCUCAUUAUUUAUUCACCCUCAAGUCGUUUCCAUUCAAUUUGAGUUUAUUUUAUUUUUGUUGAACACAAAAGAAGAUAAUUUGAAGAAUGCUGAAAUCCUGUAACCAUUGACUUCUGUAGUAGGAAAACACAUGCUAUGGAAGUCAGUGGUUGCAGCUUUCUUCAAUAUAUCCUCUUUUGUGUUCAACAGAUAAAUGAAACAGGUUUGAAAUAAGUAAAUGAUGACAGAAUUUUUUUUUUUUUGGGUGAACUAUCCCUAUUAAGUGGACAACGAUGAGUCUUAAUAGUUAAAUUAAAGUUGAAUGCUGAUUUAAAGGGGUAGUUCACACACAAAUGGAAAUUUGCUCAUUAUUUAUUCACCCACAUGUCGUUUUCAUUCAUUUUGAGUUUAUUUUUUUCUGUUGAACACAAAAGAAGAUAUUUUGAAAAAUGCUGAAAUCCUGUAACCAUUGACUUGUAGGAAAACAAAUACUAUGGAAGUCAAUGGUUGCAGCUUUCUUCAAAAUAUCUUCUUUUGUGUUCAACAGAUAAAAGAAACACAAGUUUGAAACAAGUAAAUGAUGACAGAAGUGUAAUUUUUGGGUGAACUAUCCCUAUUAAGGGGACGACGAUGAGUUUUACCAGUUAAAUUAAAGUUGAAUGCUUAAAGGUAUAGUUCACGGAAAAAUGGAAAUUUGCUUAUUAUUUAUUCACCCUCAAGUAAUUUCCAUUCAUUUUGAGUUUAUUUUUUCUGUUGAACACAAAAGAAGAUAAUUUGAAGAAUGCUGAAAUCCUGUAACCAUUGACUUGUAUAGUAGGAAAACACAUGCUAUGGAAGUCAGUGGUUGCAGCUUUCUUCAAAAUAUCCUCUUUUGUGUUCAAAAGAUAAAUGAAACAGGUUUGAAACAAGUACAUGAUGACAGAAUUGUAAUUUUUUUGUGAACUAUCCCUAUAAUGGGGACGACGAUGAGCAGCGUUAAUAGUUAAAUUAAAGUUGAAUGCUGAUUUAAAAAGGUAGUUCACGUACAAAUGGAAAUUUGCUCAUUAUUUAUUCGUUUCCAUUCAAUUUGAGUUUAUUUUUUUCCGUUGAACACAAAAGAAGAUAAUUUGAAGAAUGCUGAAAUCCUGUAACCAUUGACUUCUGUAGUAGGAAAACAAAUACUAUGGAAGUCAAUGGUUGCAACUUUUUUUAAAAUAUCUUUUCGUGUGUUCAACAGAUGAAAGAAACCCAUAAAGGGUUGAAACAAGUAAAUGAUGACAGAAUUGUAAUUUUUGGGUGAACUAUCCCUAUUAAAGGGAGUUUGUAAACAUUAUUUCAUGUUUUUCAGCUAUGUUACAGACAUUUCUCAUGACACUGCAUUUUUUUGCUGCUUGUAAUAAUUUUGCAUUCCUGAUACAACUUCUGUAAAAGCGUCACAAUGUCAAAUAAAAUCGUUUUGUAUGCAAUCUA